CGGUGCGUCCAUCUCAAAUCAGAAGCUAUCAAACCAACGAAGAAGAGCAGUAAAGCCGUGCUUAAUCGAGUGCAAGGUCCCGUCCGCAUCAUCUCAUCAAGGACCGAUGGCGUUUCUGGGAGGAUCAUUGAACGUGACGAGGAGCAUUGACAGCCGAAAGAGGAUGGACGGGAGGAAGAGCGGCGGCGGAUCGUGGCAGCAGGCGCCGGCGCCGGUGAGGCAGCUGUUCUGGUGGGUGAGGCGCGCCAUGCUUUGGCCGAAGCGCCGCGCCGUGAGCUUCGGCGGUUGCUUGCUGGUAGCGCAAAUGACCUUUUUGUCUGGUGCAGGGACGGUGGAGGACGACGACCAUGGCACGAGAAGGUUCGUAGCAUCCAUCACAACAUCUGACGCUAAUGAGGGUCGCUUGUCGGUAGCGCAAAUGAUCAUUUUGUGGUGUGAGGAUGGUGGCCAUCGCACUCGUGGCGCCAUUGGCAACACAUCCGACGCAGGGGUUCCAAUGGUAUGGUGGAUACUUCAGUAUGACUCAUGCCGAUGUGAAUUGGUAGUGGUCAGUUCCGCCCAAACAUAGGCGGCCCCUGACAGCCUUAGUAAUGGUCCGAGUGUUGAAAAUAUGCCCUAGAGAUCAAUAAUAUUAAAAAAAUCAAGUUUAUAAUUAAUAUUUA